GUCACGUGACCAGAGGCCACCUCUGUACUGAUACACACAGGGACAGUCUCGUUGAGAUUUUGCGCUUAUAUCAGCUUUAAUUCGCGUUUUAUUUCCGUCCUCAUUAUCUUAUGGCUUUAUAUUCUUAUUCGAGUGUUGCUCCGAGGGUCUGACCGGCCUGAAGCCGUGGAGCUGCUGUUAUUUAGCCGGGUGUUAGCUAAGGCUAGCUGGCUGUACUGUGGGCCUGAAGGCCUGGAAGUCAUGCAGAUGGAUUUAAACUGAUUUCUGUGAUUAGUUCAGUAUUAAAGAUAACCAUGGCGACUAUUCUGGAUGACUAUGAGGACUCUCAGAUGCUCAGACACCCGACUCAGGCCAGGCGCCUUCCUGCGGCCGGUAUGAUCGGGAUAACUCACUCAGGUUUCGUGAACCUGAGGCUGGAGGAAGAAAAGCCGAUCUUCAACAAGCAGAGGAUCGAUUUCUCGCCGCCUGAAAGGAUCAAUCAGUUGGCUGUGUGCAACAAUCAGCUGUGCAUGAGUCUUGGGAAGGACACUCUGCUCAGGAUCGAUCUGGGGAAACCGGAUCAGCUAAACCAGAUCGAGCUGGGAAGAAAAGACGAUGGUAAAGUGCACAAACUCUUCCUGGACCCGACAGGAUCUCACUUGGUGAUCAGUCUGACCACGAGCGAGUGCGUCUACUUGAACAGAAACACACAGAAGGUCCGCAGCCUCUCUCGGUGGAGGGGACACUUAAUAGAGAGCGUGGGCUGGAACAAGAUUCUGGGCAACGAAACAAACACCGGCCCAAUUCUUGUCGGAACCAGCCAAGGCAUCAUUUUCGAGGCGGAAAUCUCAGCUUCUGAGGGUUCCCUUUUCAACACAAACCCGGACCAGUACUUCAGACAGGUCCAUUCCUUGGAAGAGGACGGAAACCCGGCACCGGUCUGCUGCCUUGAGGUGGAGCGCGGGAUUGAGUCGAAGUACUUAAUUAUUGCCACCACUCGCAAACGCCUCUUCCAGUUCGUCGGCAAGUUAGCCGAGGGUUCUGAGCAGCAAGGCUUUAGCUCGAUCUUUUCUCAAAAUCAGGAUCUCUGCCCAAGCUUUCAGGAGUUUCCUGUCAACAUGGGCUACAGCGAGAUCGGUUUCUACACCUGCAAACUCCGUUCAAGCCCUAACUCCUUCGCCUGGAUGAUGGGAAACGGGGUUUAUUACGGCAACUUGGACUACUCGCGGCUCGACUCGCUCCUCACCGACGUCCGGGUUUGGGAAUACACGCCAGACAUCGACUUCAGCUACAGCAAGCCCAUCUCCAUCGUUCUCACCCAGUUCCAUUUCCUGCUCCUGCUUCCCGAUCGAGUCAAGGCCAUCUGCACCCUGAACGGGCAGGUUGUCUACGAGGACGUCUUCCCGGAUAAGUUCGGCCCCCUCAAAAAGAUGAUUAAGGAUCCCGUCGGCGGACUGGUCUGGAUCUACACAGAGAAAGCCGUCUUCCGGUAUCAUAUCCAGAGGGAGUCCAGGGAUGUCUGGCAGAUGUACAUGAGCAUGAAGAAGUUCGACCUGGCCAAAGAGUACUGCAAGGAUCGACCCGAGUGCAAGGACGUGGUGCUUGCCAAGGAAGCGGAGCACUGGUUCCAGAGCAAACGCUAUCUAGAGAGCGCCAAGUGCUACGCCCUGACUCAGAACUACUUUGAAGAGGUUGCGCUGAAGUUCAUCGAAGCCAAGCAGGAGGAGGCUCUGAAGGAAUUCCUGUUGCGCAAACUGGACAGUCUCAAAUCCGGCGAGAAAACUCAGAUCACGCUGCUCGUCACCUGGUUGACCGAGUUGUACCUGAACCGUCUCGGGGGACUGGACGGGAACGACAGCAAGAAAGCGCUGUUUCAAGAAACUCGGGAGGAGUUUCAUCGUUUUAUGUCAAGCAUCAAGCACAAGGACUGCUUCUACAACAACCGGAGCACCAUCUACGAUCUCCUGGCAAGCCACGGCAACGUUGAUGACAUGGUCUAUUUUUCCGUCAUCAUGCAGGACUACGAAAGGGUCAUCUCUCACCACUGCCAGCAUGAUGACUACGCCGCCGCGCUCGACGUCCUCUCCAAGCACUGCGACGAGAAGCUCUUCUACAAGUUCUCCCCGGUUCUCAUGCAGCACAUCCCCAAGAAAGUGGUGGAUGCCUGGAUCCAAAUGGGCAACCGGCUCGACCCUAAGCAGCUGAUCCCAGCGCUGGUGAACUACAGCCAGAUCGGCAGCACCCAGCAAAUCAACGAGACCAUCCGUUACAUGGAGUUCUGCGUGAACGAGCUUGGCGUGAAGGAAGAGGCCAUCCACAAUUAUCUGCUGUCGCUCUACGCCAAGUAUAAACCAGAUUCCUUGCUGUGGUACCUCGAGCAGGCGGGAACGCACGCCUCGGAGAUACACUACGACCUGAAAUACGCCUUGCGCCUCUGUGCUGAACACGGCUAUCGCCAGGCGUGCGUGUUGGUCUACAGAAUCAUGGAGCUGUACGAAGAAGCUGUGGAUUUAGCCCUGCAGGUGGACGUCGAUUUGGCCAAGUCGUGCGCCGACCUCCCCGAGGACGAUGAGGAGCUAAGGAAGAAGCUGUGGCUGAAGAUCGCCCGUCACGUGGUUCAGGAGGAGAAGGACGUGAAGAAGGCGAUGAACUGCCUCUCCAGCUGCAACCUGCUGAAGAUCGAGGACAUCCUGCCUUUCUUCCCAGACUUUGUUACUAUCGACCACUUCAAGGAGGCCAUCUGCCUCUCACUGGAGGAGUACAACCAGCACAUCGAGGAGCUCAAGCAGGAGAUGGAGGAGGCCACGGAGAGCGCCAAGCGCAUCAGAGAGGACAUCCAGGAGAUGAGGAACAAGUACGGCGUGGUGGAGUCGCAGGAGAAGUGCGCCACCUGCGACUUCCCCUUACUCAACCGGCCCUUCUAUCUCUUCCUGUGCGGACACAUGUUCCACUGCGACUGCCUCUUCCAGGAGGUCACGCCGCACCUAUCAGGGUACAAGCAGAGCAAGCUGGAGGAGCUGCAGAAGAAGCUCGCCGCCGCCACGCAGACCACCAAGUCUCGCCACAGACCCAAGGAGGAGGACACAGAGAGUCUGGGGAAAGGCCAGGGCGGCAGAGAGCAGAUCAAAUCCGACAUCGAUGACAUGGUGGCGUCCGAGUGCGCCUACUGCGGCGAGCUGAUGAUCAGAUCCAUCGAUAAGCCUUUCAUCGAUCCAAACAGGUUCGAGGAGGAAAAGUCCAGCUGGCUCUGAAACUGAGUUUUCUCCUAAUUCUUCUGUACAGUGCGCCUGGGCUGUCUCCCCUCCAUGUAUGCGAGUGUGUCGACAUUUCAAUGCUUUCUGAAUGUCUGUGUUACUAAAUACUGAGACGAGAAGCAGCAAGAUUUAAUGAUUUAAAGGUUUUCAGCUGAAUCACAAAUGCCACUGCCCGUGCCACAGUAUGUGUAAAGCUCUAACUGCAUUAUCAUGUAUUAGAUGACUCGUUAUACUAAUAAACCAUACAGCAUCGUG